CAUGCGCUGCAGUCAUUCAGGGGCUCAGCGUGGAGCUGCACACACACACAGCGACAUGGCAAGACGAGCUGAGCGCUGUGUGAUGAUAUCAGUGUGUUUGCUGCUGCUGCCGCUGUGCUGGGGAGUAGAGCCGGAUCACGAAUAUGAAUAUGAAUUCACUGAUACUCCAGAGUUUGACUACAAUACAACAUUUGAGUACAGCUUCUUUAGCAAUGUUAGCAGUGAAGAUCUAGAGAAGUUUUUAAAGGGAGAAGAGCUGUACACUGAAGGAGAAACAAGCUUUACAGAAUCAGAAACAGAUGGACGGGUGCAUCAAGAAAAGCCCACCGAACCCCCAGUCAUGUUUGAGAGUCAGGCAUCUCGAUCAUCACCCGCAUGUCUCCUUCUUACUUUGGUUGUAAUGGUUCAUCAUCUGCUCAGACUGUUAUAGCAGACCCAGUGAGUACUACAGGAUCCCGUCAUACAAUCUGGACAGGAGUCCAGAAGGAGGAGGAAGAGCAGAUGGACAGAUAACCUGAGCGAAAGACUUUUGGAUGACACACAUGCACACUCACGCACCCUCAAAAACAGCAGUGGAUCCAUGACAAACCAUGACAACACAUGGCUUGCAAGCUGUAAAUGAAAAGACACAUUGUUCACCAUUCUUAGUCACCGAAAAACAAGCGCACAGAGGUCAGAGGUCUCAUAGGCUGGAAUAUGGAUGUGAAAUGGGGCUAAACUAAAUGACAGGGUCUUUUGUGGUUAUUCUUUCAGGCUGAGCACGAGCAUAACAAAGAAGCUGAGGAAAAACAGGAUUUUUCCCCCUUUUUUUGGUUAAUGAACAGAUGUAGAAAUGAAUGCGCAGUCCGUCCACUGUCAUGUCAAACAAUGCAGGCUCUUUUAUGACAAAAAAAAGCAAUGGAAUUUCAAUUCACCUGUCCCAUUUAUUGGAUUUUUUUAGUUUGAAAGCAUACUUUUAAAUAUAUUGUGGACAUCCUUUGUCGUGACAAAAUGCACCAAAGCUUGCAAAAACAGACCAAUCAUUCAUAAUACAUCAUGUACACGCACUAAUAUAAUAUAUUACGCAGUUUAAUAUUUAAAGGGACAGUUCAUUCAAAAGUUAACCGUGCUGUUGAUUUGUUAAGCAGUGUUGAGUGCGAUUUCCUAUAAAAGUAAAUAGAUACCGUAAUUAAAUGGCUUUUCUGCUAAAAAAAGUUAAAUUUAAGGGAUUAAGGGAAUUUUUAGGGUAACUUAACUACAGUAACAUAAUGUGCUUGCCUUAAAUGUACAUAAAUUCAACAGUUCUGCAUAAAUCAAUUUAGAGAAGAAUUAUUUUGUUGUUAUACCACAAUUUUGCUGAAUAAUUCUGUUUCUCCACUAAAAAUAGUGAUGUUUAUCAAGACAACUUCAGAAAUUAGUUAAUCACGAUAGCUGGUAUGAAUUCAGAAAAGUAGAGUAAUUAUCCACUCACCGGCCACUUUAUUAGGUACACCUUGCUAGUACCGUGUUGGACCCACUUUUGCCUUCAGAACUGCCUUAAUCCUUUGUGGCAGAGAUUCAACAAGAUACCGGAAAUACUCCUCAGAG